AUCCUGGUGUACAUCGCCCCACUAAUCGACGCUGAUAGACGGCGCAAACUAGUUCUAUAUAUUUUGUUUAUAUCAGUUUUCUAUCCAAUUCUCUAAACGCAUUCGCCUGUAAAGUAUUACUGUAAUUAUUUGUAACAUAUUUUAAAAUAAAAUGGCUAAAACAGUGAAAUGUGGAGAUUUAAAUAUGCCAACUGUAGGUUUGGGUACUUGGGAAGCUAAAGAUGAAGCUGAACUUGAAACCGCUUUAAAUACGGCUUUAGAAAUUGGUUACCGGCACAUCGACACUGCUGCCGCUUACGAAAACGAACACUUGAUCGGUAAAGUCCUACAAGAAUGGUUUUCCUCCGGAAAACUGAACAGAGAAGAUUUGUUUAUAGUUACUAAAUUACCUAUACAGGGUAUUCAUCGCGAUAGAGUUCAGAAAUAUUUGGAAAGUUCUUUGGAAAAGCUUCAAUUGGAUUACGUCGAUUUGUAUUUGAUCCAUUUUCCAGUUGGCAAAUCUGAAACUUCCGCUGAAUACGAAAGUGAGGACCACGAAGGUGUAUGGAAGAAUAUGGAAAAACAAGUGGACGAAGGCCGGGCGAAAACAAUCGGAGUUUCAAACUUCAACAUCGAUCAAAUAGACAGAAUAUUAAAAUUUGCUCGUAUUAAACCAGCCUGCCUUCAAGUUGAAUUACACGUAUUCUUACAACAACCUGAAUUAGUUGAUUUCUGUCACCAAAACGGAUUAGUCGUAACGGCUUAUUCUCCGCUUGGAAAUCCCGGUUACAACAAAUUCUUGAAAAAAGUUGGAGUUGAGGAAAGACAAGAUUUGGUGAAUGUCCUUACAGAUCCAGUAAUCUCAGAGAUUGCACAAAAACAUAACAAAAGUAAUGCUCAAGUCGCUUUGAGAUUCUUAUUACAAAAAAACAUUGUUGUGAUACCAAAGAGCGUCACUCCUUCUAGAUUGAAAAGCAACUUCGAUUUAUAUGAUUUCGAAUUGGACGAUGAAGACAUGAAGAAAAUCGAAGAACUCAACGUGGGAGAACACGUCAGAAUUUGUGACUGGAGAAUCUUUCCAAACAUUGAUCAACAACCAGAAUAUCCCUUUGCAAGAAAAUGAACAAUGUGUGAAAUAUUUACCCACGGUACUAACAAGUAGUGUAGUACAAAAGGCACUAAUACACUUAAAUUGUUAUCUAUUCUUAAUAUUAUGUUAAUAAAAAUCUUUCAUGUCUUA